UUUUACAACAAAAGGAUGUAUCUCUCUGCUCAUAUAGAUUUAAAUUACCCUCAUGGAUAUAAAUAUACAGCUCCAGUCAACCAUGGCACUAAACAGAAUUUGGAAAAGAAGGUCUGUUUUUCUACUGUGCAUUACCGACCUGAGGAAAAGAUUGCACUUUUUAAGGUUUUGUUAAAAACUACAACCACUUCUGAAAUGUUACCUGCAAAAAGGUAAGAGACUUUGUGAAGAAAUUGGAGAGAUCUAUAAACAGUUCUGGAACUGAAUCAUUUUUAUUAUUUAAAUAUUUUUGUGUAGUUUGGUGAAAACUUUUUCACAGUUGUUUGAUUAUGUGAGUAUAUCCAAAGAUAACAAGAUGGAAGGCCACAUCAUAUGGAUUUUAGCUUUCUCUGCGCUUCUGGAUUAUAUUAACCAAACGGAUUAGCCAGUAUGUCUCUGAACCGGCUUCCUACGACAGACACUGAGCAGUCUACAGAGUGCUCUGUGGAGUAUUCAGUACAAGUUCCCAGUAAUCCUGGUCACGAAACUGGUCGCAGCCGUGAUGUGGUCGUGCUCCAGUCCAGCUGCUGCCGCUGCCUGCCGCGCGCAAUGCGCCUCACCUUUACGCCCGAGUCGCUGGAGAAGCUUUACCAGAACUACUUCCGACGGCAGAGAGAAGAGAACCUGCUGGUAUUAGUGGUGUUUGCCGCUCUUUUCAACAGCUUUAUCAUCAUCAUGUGCGCUGUUGUUUACACUGACGACAAACUAGCAAUGGUGGUGGUCGCAGCAGUGGGGCUGGCUGCGGACAUUGGGCUGCAUCUGCUUUGCUGGUUCCGCAAACUCCCCGCGUCACCUGUCGCACGAGGAGUGGUACCGUAUGUACUGUGGCUGAUAGUUAGUGUUCAUGUUUUAUGUUACACGGGACUGUACUACCAGCGGUUUCCUGAAGCUAGUAACUCUGUGGGCUGGCAGGCUUUCUUCAGUUUCUCCAGCUUUUUGACUUUACCGCUGAACCUGGUGCCCCUCGUCCUGCUCACGGCCCUCUCCUGUGGGAUACACACUCUGGUUCUAGGGGUGACUGUGGCUCAAAGGUUUGGGGAUAACCUACAGGGGCCCAUGCUGGCGAGACAGCUCCUAGCCAACAUGAUGCUGUACAUGUGUGCAGCCAUAAUAGGUGUGAUGUCAUUCUACAUGGCAGACCGGAAGUACAGGACAGCGUUUUUGGAAGCUCGUCAGUCAUUGCAGGUCAAACUGACUCUCGAGGAACAGAGUACCCAACAGGAGGAAUUAUUACUGUCCAUCCUGCCCAAACAUAUUGCUGAUGAGAUGCUGCAGGGCAUGAAAAACCAGGCCAAUCAGAAAGAAGUCCAACAGCAGCAGCAGUUCAACACUAUGUACAUGUACCGUCAUGAAAAUGUCAGCAUCCUCUUCGCUGACAUCGUGGGCUUCACCCAGUUAUCCUCGGCCUGUAGUGCCCAAGAGCUCGUAAAGCUGCUGAAUGAACUGUUUGCCCGCUUCGACAAACUGGCAGCCCAACAUCAUCAACUGAGAAUAAAGAUUCUUGGAGACUGUUAUUAUUGCAUCUGCGGGCUUCCUGACUUCAGAGAGGAUCAUGCUGUUUGCUCAAUAAUGAUGGGACUUGCGAUGGUAGAAGCCAUCUCAUAUGUGCGGGAAAAGACAAAAACAGAUGUAGACAUGCGUGUAGGUGUUCACACAGGCACCGUACUCGGAGGAGUGCUCGGACAGAAGCGCUGGCAGUUUGAUGUUUGGUCCACAGAUGUCACUGUGGCCAACAAAAUGGAAUCUGGAGGAAUUCCAGGGAAAGUACACAUUUCCCAGAGCACAAAGGACAGCCUACAUGGGGAAUUUGAACUGGAGCCGGGGAAUGGUGGAGAGAGGUGCGAGUACCUGUUGGAGAAGGGCAUUGAAACUUAUUUGGUUCUAGUCCCUAAACACACAAUUAAUGGGCUCAAUGGAAAAAUGCCAGUUGCACUGAGCAACAGAAAUUCAGUCCCGCUGAUCAACACUACUGUAACCAAGGGGAACACAGCCUUACAGCCGUCCAUGUCAACUAACUCUAAACAGGAGGGGAAUGAGAUGGUUGAGGAACAAGCGAUCAACAGGCGGCUUCAGCAGGAGCUGCUCGACAGAGAGUCCCAGCAAAUAAUGAAGGAUCAUAAAAUCAACCCCAUUUCACUGCGUUUUGUGGAUGGAAAGUUGGAAGAGCACUUCUCCUCUGAGAAGGAGAAGCGAAGCGGAGCAGCUUUCUGUUGCUGCAUUAUAGUGCUCUUUUUCAUCACAGCAAUGGAGGUGUUCAUAGAUCCACUGUUGGUUGUGAACUAUGUGACUCUUGUAGUAGGACAGACAUUGCUGCUGAUCCUCACAGUUUGCUCCUUGGCUGCCAUUUUUCCCAGGAUGUUCUCCAAGAGGUUAGUUUCUUUCUCAAUAUGGAUUGAUCACACCCGGUGGGCAAGAAACAUGUGGGCUAUGGCAGCCAUAUUUGUUCUAACCAUGGCUGUGAUUGCUGACAUGCUAAGCUGUGUACCAUCAUCACUUGGAGUCUUCAAUGGUACCUUUGGCCCCAUGCUGGAGUCUCUUGGUGACCGGGGCUGUGCAGAAAAUCCAAAAUAUUACAGCUUCAUGGCUGUGAUGUCACUCAUUGCAACUGCCAUGUUGGUGCAGGUCAGCCACCUGAUUAAACUGGGUCUCAUGGUGCUGGUCGUCACAGCAACCGGAGCUGUUAACAUCUACAGUUGGCGGGACAUAUAUGAUCUGUAUGACCACAUACAGUUUGCUUCCUACAGAACUUCCAUGGUACCAUCCAAAUACCUCAUGACCAUGAUGAUUAUUGUCAUAAUGAUUAGCUUUUACUUCUUUGCUCGCCAUUUGGAACACCAAUCCAGGAAGCUGUUUCUGUGGAAGAUUGGUGUGCACGACCAGAAGGAGAGGGUGUCUGAGAUGAGACGUUGGAAUGAAGCUCUGGUCAUCAACAUGCUGCCAGAACACGUGGCCAAACACUUCCUGGGCACUAAAAAGAGAGAUGAGGAGCUGUAUAGCCAGUCAUAUGAUGAAAUAGGUGUGAUGUUUGCGUCCAUCCCCAACUUUUCUGAUUUCUACACUGAAGAGAGCAUCAACAAUGGAGGCAUUGAGUGUCUCAGGAUUCUAAAUGAGAUCAUCUCAGACUUUGACAGUUUAUUGGACAGAGACGAAUUUCGGUGCAUCACAAAGAUCAAGACAAUAGGAAGCACCUACAUGGCUGCCUCAGGACUUACGCCAGAGAGUAACACUAAUGGAUACAGCAACCGUAAGCCAGAGGACCAGUCACUGACGGAGCACUGGCAGCAUCUUUCUGAUCUGGCAGACUUUGCGUUGGCCAUGAAAGUCACCCUUAACAACCUUAACAAACAAUCCUUCAACAACUUCAUGCUGCGCAUCGGACUGAAUAAAGGAGCAGUUCUUGCUGGAGUGAUUGGAGCUCGUAAACCUCACUAUGACAUCUGGGGCAACACAGUCAAUGUGGCCAGCAGAAUGGAGUCGACUGGAGUGAUGGGAAAUAUCCAGGUGGUGGAGGACUGCUAUGACAUCCUGAAAGAGUAUGGCUUCCGCUUCAUCCAAAGAGGGCCCAUAUUUGUCAAAGGGAAAGGAGAGCUACUUACCUUCUUUAUGAAAGGGAAAGACAAGCCCAGCUGCAACACCUGUCCAGUGACUACUGCUCUACCACACCAAGUUCAAGACAUUUCCUGAUAAUUUUCAUCUGAUGCAAUGUUAUUAAUGCAUGGAUUGACCUAUGGAAAAAAUUACCUGAAUUCUCUCAUGUAUAGCUUAUUUUUCAAGUUGUUUUUUCAUAAACUCUACUGCUUAAGCAAAGAAUAUGGAAGUAGGUCAACACAUUAAAAUACUGUUAUACAGCUAUCAAUUCAAUUUAAUCUUUAUUUCAGACUCACAAUUUCGUCCAUUUAAGGAGAAAAAGAUAAAAACUAAAAAGGCAGUACAGGCUAUCAAUAAUCCAUACAAGCACUUUCUCCAGUGCUACCAGAGUCCAGAGUUAUAUAGACACUGAUCUCCUUAGGCAUUGUCAAAACCAUAAAAAUAUAAUUUAUAGAAUCCUCCAAUCUCAUAAUAUACAAAUUUUCUAAUAACAGCAUGUAAAGUGGGCACAGCAUUCUGCACAAACAGCUGACACUCGUCCAUCAGGGGACCUUCAGUAGGAUACAAAGUUCAUCGUUAAAAUCAACUUCCAUCAAGACCAGUCCUGACAUAACAAUUAAGAACAAAAACCUAUUUUUCAAGUUGUACAUAUUAUAGGAAUAUCUCUCAGAGUUUCUUAAAAGAUUUUAUCAUGUUGGACUUAAUAGAUUUAUACAAGCACACCCCAUAGAAACCAGUAUGGUUUUUUCAUGUAUGUGAACAAGAAAACAUCAAAACUUCUUUGGAACAGUGCCAACAGAUAAGUGAUACACUCGAAAGAAAUACACAAUAUCUUUGCAGUCACCUAAAUACUUUUAAAAACAGAUUAUUUUACAAGGAAAAAGUAAACAAACUUCCACAGUUUGAACACAUUCAGAUGCAUGAAAUUAGAAUCAAGGGCUCCCGAUUAAACAAAGAUAAUUAAAACUUCCUGGAAUAACAGUGAAGCAUGCCUUCUUCAAACAUCUGAUCUUAAAGACACAGUGUUCUUUUUGCUACUGAAAAGUGUGGUUUCAUCAUAACAAGAUAUAAAGAAGCUCUAGAGGCUAUCUGAAAAAAUAUAGAUACUUAUAAAUCUUGCAAAGGGGGAUUCUAGAUGUGCUUAUCUUUCACUUGUCUGCCUAUGUAAACUUUAAGCUUGUUUGUUAACCUUGAGCUCUGGUUUGUAAAAAAUGUAGAUUUAUCAUACUGCAUUUAUACUGUGAUAAUAAAUGUUUCCACUAUAAUUUGGGAUUUCAUUUUGCCAUGUUUUAAGUGCAGUCUCAGCUGACUCAACCACUUGUUGAAUAAAGUGCAGAAAUUAUAUGCUAACUUUUUAAAAUCAGUACUUGAAUGUCGUUGAAUAUUUUG